CCUCCUCUUGGAGGGUUCCGUGAAUUUGAACCUUUGGGAGGCGUGGGCUUUGCACUAGGUGGCAGCUUUAGUUCGGAUCAGUCUCCGGUGAAACGAGGGAGUUUCCCACCCCCCCAUAAAAAAAGACCGCGCUCCAUUCAGCAUACUUUUUUACUCGCUCAACUUUCAUCCAGUUUGAUGUUAGUUUGUCAGCUGUGUAAAUCAGUUUCGGCGUCGACUCUCCAGCCACAGGUCGGUGAGCGGAUUUAUUACCGCAACGAUUGUGAAUGCAAGCUGAGAGGAUGACUUCUGUCUUGGACAAGUGGCUGUGGCACCAUGAAUACUGGCUCCCUCCAGGCAUCACAUGGAAAGAUAUGGAAGAUUCUGAACAUGCCCACUAUCCUCGACCUCGUGACCUUGUCAUUGCCUUGCCAUAUGCACUUGUGUUCAUUGUUCUUCGUACCCUCUAUGAAAGGUGGAUUGCUGUACCCCUGAGCAAGCAAAUGGGCGUGAAGGAGAAAAUAAGACGGAAAGUCCCUCCUAAGCCUGACCUGGAGAAGGUCUAUAGAACUCAGAGCACUUGUCCCAAAGAGAGCGAUCUUCUUGUUCUUGCCAAACAGUGUGGCAUUUCACUGCGGGAGGUAAAGAUAUGGUUUCGAAGCCGAAGAAAUCAGGACAGGCCCAGCAUCACCCAGAAAUUCUGUGAGGCCAGUUGGAGGUUUGCAUUUUACCUGCUUGCAUUUAUUGCUGGUCUUUGCGUGCUGCUUGACAAACCAUGGUUCUGGAAUCAACAGGAGUGCUGGAAAGGAUAUCCUCAGCAAGUGUUACUGUCUUCCCAGUACUGGUAUUACAUGGUAGAACUGGCUUUCUACUGGUCUCUGCUCUUAAGAGUCUCGUUGGAUGUAAAGAGGAAGGAUUUUAAGGAACAGAUCAUUCACCACAUUGCCACAAUUUUUCUUAUUGGCUUUUCUUACUGUGCAAACUACAUCCGGGUGGGAACCCUGGUAAUGCUGGUACAUGAUGCAUCUGAUUACAUAAUGGAGUGUGCAAAAAUGUUCAACUACGCAGGAUGGCGAAGGACCUGUGAUGUGCUGUUUGUGGUCUUUGCAUUGGUCUUUUUGAUAACACGACUUGUCAUCUUUCCAAACGUGGUAAUCUACACCACAUUCUACUAUUCCAUGGAGAUUUUUCAGCCCUUCUUUGGUUACUACUUUUUCAAUCUUCUCCUGAUGGUUCUGCAGGUUUUGCACAUAUUUUGGGCCUAUCUCAUCCUAAGAAUGGCAGUGAAGUUUGUGUUUGUUGGAAAGAUUGAAAAGGACGAAAGGAGUGAUGUUGAUGAAAGUGAUGAGACUGAAGAAGAUGGAAGGAUGGAACCAAAGUCAUCUACCAAUCACAAUGGUGUACUAAAAAAAAUAACAAAUGGGAUGAAAAGUAAAAUAAAUGAAAGGAACAGGCUACCCAAAGCCAGGUAGCUGGGGAUAUGCAAUUAAGGACAGGUUUAGUACUGCCUUAUUACUAAAAGAAAGUUAUCAAUACCAUCAACCAACUGCUCAAAUUCAUCUCUCAUUAAGGAAUCUACAAUGACUUUCACAGAAAUGGUGAUUAAACACCAAUGGAAAUGUGGUUCUUGGUGUUCUCAGUCAAAUCUCACACCUUUCAUUUCACAUGUCUUGAUGUGGAUGUGGAGUGGAUUGCUAAAUACAGAAUAGUCUUGUUUUGCCUGUCACCUUCAUGCACUUGAAGAAUUCGAGAUUAGAUUUGGGUAACUGUAUUUUGUAUUGAAACACAAUACUGACAAAAUAUAAAAUGGAUUUGGGAUUUCCUGUAGAGCUUCCCUAGCUUUUCUCUACUCCAAUGUUUUGUCAUCAGUUCCCUAGUUCUUUUGAACACAAGUUGGUGCCCACAGCCACUGGGUUGAUUCCUCCUUGAAGUGCAAAGUGACACAAGCCACAAACCUACCAGGUUGAAGCAAAGAACAUCUUGGGAGAGUUCAGUCAGCAAUCCAGAUCAUAGUGUAAUCUUUUUGUUAGUGCUGAACAAUUUGUAAUAUUUAAUCUUUUAUUUUUAUUUGGUGGCAGAACAGUCAUUUUUUGGGAAUGUGGUUAUGUUUGGUCUUCAGAUUACAAAUCCUGGGAAUAUUUUGGGCAGUUUCAAACUGGAUUUAGAGCUAAAUCCAGCAUCUGAUUUAAUGCAUCUUUUAGUCUGUGUUUUGAUAGUUUGCUGUGAAGCAACUUCUGUACUAGAUUAUCAAAGUACUAGAAUUUAUUUUCUCACUAGGAGAGUGAGAGUGAGAAUGUUUCUACUGCAACAUUUCCCUUUUCCAGUUCACACUGAUUGUGACAUUAUUUGUAGUCAUAUUUAGUUUUCCUAUAAACCUUAACCCAACACAGUUACUAUUGGAAUCCUGAUUUCUGUGGGUUUUAGUGUUUAAAACUGCAGAGAUGUUAGAUUCGCAAAAUUCAAUAGAGGCAGUGACAAUAACUUCCCUUGUAGGUGAAAAGAUGCAAUUACACAAGUCUUCCUGAUAAAUGGAAUGAACAACAGGAUUCGUGGGUUUACCUUUCAAGUUAAAUAUUUAGUCUAAUCUGAGAACUUUAGGUGAAAAAUAUAUCAAAUACAUGGCAUUUCCAGAUGUUCGUGUAUGUGAGUAUGCUCAGAGGAUUUGAUGGGCAUUAUGUAAAGAAUUCAAGCCAUAUUGACUUUAUGACCAAUUGUAUCAAAUUCUUGUACUGUCUGAAUUCUGAAUGGUAGAAAGCUACCUUUUACAGGAGGAGUUUCUGCAUUUGUAAACUAUAGGGUCCGGGACCACACAAGAUGCAACAAAAAGAACUCUGAAGUAAUCCAAAGGACUUUCUUGUGUUACAUUUAAGUUGCUAAUGCACCUUUUGAAUAUUAAGACUGAGUGACUUUGUUGUAUAAAUGACAGUCUUAAUUACAGCGCCUAAAUGUGCCUGCCUGUGAAUGCAUAUUCUUAAUUAAGUAUCCAAGCUGAUCACAUACUGAGUGUCUGAUUCUGCUCCAUUUAAUUUAUAGUUUAAUGAAGGUUUUGGUUUUGAAAUAAUGGAAGUUCUGAAUAAAUUAAUUAUGUGUAAGUUUUGUUUGUCUUUGUGGUUUUGACAUUGAAUUUGAAUCCAGAGGUCGCCAGUUGCUAA